AUGAAUAUUGCGCUUGAUGGAGUUAAGAAAUUGCGACAGCUUCAGAGUCAAGCUAAUUUUACAGAGAAAGAUGGGAGCAACGCACAAACGCCGCAGAAUAUGACUCCUACUAGAAGACCGCUUCCGAGACCAGAAACUCCACCGCCACCGUCGGUGGAGGAGGCUAGCCGAGCUCUAGAAGAAGCGCUGGAAGAAACAUCCGGAAUCGUCUUUUCUUCAAGCCAAAGUUCAUCAAAGCCGCGGGAACCGCUGCGAAAACUGGAACACAACUUGAUCAGCUCCGACAACUCGCACAAGUACAUCACCGAGCAGAGCUUGCUAGAAGUCUCCGAUGAAACCAUCACCAAAGAGAACCAGACAUCUCCCAACAACGACCAGAAAUUCUGGCUGAGUGAUCCCCGGCGAGGAGAUGGCACAAUUCAAGAGGACAAUUCGCAAGAACUAGCCAUCUUGAGCCUCUCGCCGAAGAUUGGGCCAACACAGAGGAAGGAAAAUUUAUCCAGCUCCACGCAGAAACUCCCACAGCUGUCCGUAAAGGUUUUUGGACCUCCAUCAGCGCGAAAAACGCCACUUGGCAGCGUCCAGAGUUUAUCCUGCUCAUCGCGGGUGGAAUCGUCUCAGCUGUUGAACCACUCCUCAAAGGGCGGCAACAGCACCAGUCCCAACUCCUUCAAUUCACAGAGAAACUUUCCAGCCGAAGACUUUGCCUAUGCCGAGUUCAGUAUAACCAGAGAUUCCCAAAUGAGUUCCAGCGGACUAGAUCGCCCACAUUCCGUCUCAGCUCGAAUACCAGAGACAAAUCUACGUCGUGAGCACUCGAGGUUAUCCUUGGCGGCGAACUUUCACAGCAGCCAAAAGAGAGCUGAUGAGUUGCGAGAAACGAUCCGGCCUUUGAGAUUUGAACAGCCUGGAAGUGUAGGAAGGGAAGAGCUGAUCGGCAGAGGGUGGUUAUUUGACGAUAUUGCUGCUAGAAUCGCUUCUGUACGAACAGUCGCCAUUGUAGGCGAUGCAGGAUUCGGCAAAACAACAAUCAUCGACGAACUGGUCAAAUACUCGACGGGGCGAAAGAUUCAUUCCCCCCGUUCGCCCAAGCAAUGGUCCGCGCUGGGCAUGGGCGGCUACGCCCGUUCUGGUACCGGCUCGGCCAAGAUGUCCUCCUCCAUGUCGCUGCAUCAGUUGAAUUUGAGCGUGAAUUCGGCGAGCUCGCACUUUCAAUCGCAGCGUAAUUUGAAUCUCAACUUGAACGAGCAAUUCGAGGAGCCGUCUGUUGCUAAGCUGGCGGCGCAAGUGGUGGCCUACCACUUUUGCCAAAGUGACAACAGCGCGACGUGCCUUGUCCCCGAGUUUGUCCGCUCCAUCGCCGCGCACUUGGUCCAGUCGCCCCAUCUCCGCGCCUAUCAAGAAUACGUCAAGAAGAAUUCCCAAAUCCAAGAAUACCUCUCUCCGCAGAACUGCAUCAAAGACUCGCACUCGGCCUUUGUCGACGGCAUCUGCUACCCGCUUGUCCAACUUACCCGAGACGGCCUCAUCCCUCGUUCUCCCCUCCUCAUCCUGAUCGACUCUCUCGACUCCGCGGAGCUCCACCGACCCGAUUUCGGACCAACCAUUCCCAUCUUCCUGUCAAAGCUAGUCGGCCAACUCCCACCACAGUUCAAGCUAGUUCUGACUGUGCGCACCCAAAUGCGACAUUUAGUUGACGUCAUGCCAACAUCCAUCAUUUCCAUCGACAAUAUUGAGACAAAUGCAAACUUGCUCAACGAUAUUGUCCAGUACUGCUCCUCUCGCCUCCAAAAAGCUCCAUUCAUUUGCUCCGAAGUAAUCGUUAAUGGCUCCCAAGAUCGCAUUGCCGCCCAGAAGCUGCUUUUACAGCGGCUUGUCGAGCGCUCUCGAGGGAACUUUCUCUACAUGAAACUCGUCUUAGACCUAAUCGAAGCUCGUCGCCUGACCUUACGCAGUUCAACCUUUUCUGUACUUCCUAAUGACCUCAACGAGCUCUUCGCAAUGUUGAGCAAUCUGCAGUUCCCGACCAAUGCUUCCUUCGAGCGCGCCAAGCCCAUUCUCGCGAUUUGUUUAGCAACGCUGUAUCCUCUUAGGGAUGAGCAUAUCUAUCAAGCCAUUCAGGCUGGCUAUGUCGACUCUCAAGUUGGAUCAGCCGAGUUCAGACAGCGAAUGUCCUCCGUUGGAUCCUUACUGUCAAGGAGAACAGACGGAAGACGAGUCUUCCUCCAUCCAGCUUACAGAGAGUGGCUUUGCCUGACAGAUCCCGAAGCAAACAGAUUCACGAUCGACCCACGUGACGGACACGCGCUGCUCGCCCUGCUCUUAUCCCGACAAGGAAAGCCGCACCAUUUUUCCGCCACGAUCGAACUUGGCCAUCACAUUUUAAAGAGUCACAUCUUCAGGGGGUCAAGAUCGAAGACUGGCUAUUCUUCCUCUGUUCAAAAUGUCCUGUGGCUGAUGUCUUCCAAUGUCGACAUUGCUGGUGGACUUCUAGCGCCCAGGAAUCUCUUUUACCCGAAUCUAAGAGUUACCAAGCUACUUUUGUCCGCUGGGGCGCCGGUAAAUAGCAAGACAACGGCGCUACAAAACGCUCCGCCCUUGGUCGUCGCCGCCGCAACAGGUUGUCUUCCAUUUGUCAAGCUCUUGCUCGAGUACAACGCCGACAAGAACGCCUCCAACGAUCUCGGCCGAACUGCGACAUCUUUUGCGGCUGAAAACGGCCACGUCGCAAUUCUGGAGCAGCUGCAUCUCGCUGGCGCCGAUAUUUACCAAGUAGAUCAGGAUGGCCUCUCGCCAGUCGUCCACGCUGCUCGUGUCGCCAGAACAGAGUGUAUAGAUUUUCUGCUAUCAAGGGAUUGGGCACCGUAUGCGAAACAAGUAACAAAGAAAGAAGUUUGCCAGCAAGUGCUCGUUCAUUCGGCUGGAGCAAACAACUUCGAAGUCGUCGAUUUCAUGCUCAAUUACCCUUCUGCCAAUUGUCGAGCGGAGAUCAACGUAUGCGACCAGAUCACUGGCGAAACAGCGUUGACGAUGGCCUCGAUCGAAGGAAAUAUCGAAAUGGUCGAGCAUUUAAUCGCUUCUUAUUCUGCAGAUCCGAAUCGACGAAAUGAACAAGGUCUCACGCCUCUUGGAGUCGCUGCAAAAGCAGAUCAACUCGAAUGCGUCGAUUUCCUCGUGUCUUCAGGCGCCCAAGUCGACGUCAAACUCGCCGACGAGAAAAACGCGCUGAUCAUCGCCGCCGCCCACGGUUCUCUUCGUUGUUGUCAACGACUCGUCGAGCUCGGCGUCAAUCUCGAAGCAACCGAUCGAGAAGGAAUGACCGCGCUAUCCGCUGCUUGUUUCAAAGGACAUCGCGAAGUGGCGCAGUUUUUGUUGGAUCGAGGAGCCAGAAUCUCGCACAGAGAUAUUGUUGGACGGAAUCCGAUGCACUUGGCAGCCCUUGGGGGAGAUAAAAACACAGUUUCGCUGCUUCUUAGUAGAAAUUGUGACCAGUUUGAAUACGACAGCUCAAACAUGCGGCCACUAGAAAGAGCAAUUUCAUCUCGAUCCGGCGAAGUCGCCCUUCUUCUACUCCGAAGUGGAUCUCGCCCAGAAGCUGCCACAUGGGCCCUGGCCGCCGAUCGAGUAGAGCUCCUCUUUCUCCUUCUUCACAAAACACUAGAGGACGCCAACAUCAAAUAUAAAGUCGAGAAUAUCGCGGGAGCCUGGGAGCUCUACAAACUCGGCCUUGCCAGGUUCUCCGCAGAAUUGCUCAACUCUGGACUCGAAAACACCGCUGAACUGAAAGCUUCACUUCUUCUCGGAGCCUCCAGAUGCGCUAGAAGACAAGGAAACCAACUGGAAGCGGAAGAAAAGGCCUCUUCGGCGCUGAACUUGAAGCCGCGCUGGUUCCAAGCCUUCUACGCCCGGAGUCGCGCCCGCGCAGAAAUGGGCAAAGUCGACGAGUCCUUCCAAGACAUUUGCGAAGCCGAGCGACUGGAGCCAUCGAACAAGGUGAUCCGACGAUACCGCGUGCGGCUGCAGCAAGAAGCCGAGCGCAGCGGCAUCCAUCUCGUCCCGCAGCGACUUCACAACGCGAUGAAUCUCAACAACUCGCGAAAUCCGAACUUCGGAAGCCAAGAGUCCAUCGGAGGCCUUUCCAUCGCUUCCGGCGCCACUGUUCGGGAGCCGCCAGUGCCGCCGCCGAGGAUUAAAUCCAACCCUACAGGCUACCAAGUGCAACCGGGCCCUGCGCGGCCGAGAGCAAUGCCUCGUACGAAUCCGUUCUACUCGUUCGUUUCCUCCGAAGCGAAGAAAGUCGACCUCAGCUACCUGAGCAUGGGCGCCAAGAAGCAAUUGACGAGCAACUCGAGUAAGCCGCCGGCCGAAGAAGCACUACAACAAGUUCCAAAACAAACUGACUUCUAA